UCGUGCGGGCGGGCGGGCGCCGGACCCGGAAGUGGCGGCCGCUGCGGAGGCGCCGGGCGGGAUGGGGGAGUCGAUCCCUCUGGGAGCGCCGGUGCCGGUGGAGCAGGCCGUGCUGGAGACCUUCUUCUCCCACCUGGGCAUCUUCUCCUACGACAAGGCUAAGGACAAUGUGGAGAAGGAGCGGGAGGCCAACAAGAGCGCGGGGUCCAGCUGGCUGGCGCUGCUGGCCGGGCUGGCGCACCUGGCGGCGGCCGAGAAGGCCUAUCACAGCAUGACCUUCCUGGGACAGAAGCUAGGUGGUCAGUCAUUCUUCAGCCGAAAGGACUCCAUCCGAACCAUCUACACAUCUCUGCAUAAUGAGCUGAAGAAGGUGGUGGCGACGGGUCACAAUGCACUAGGAGGAACAGCUCCUCAUUUGGAAGAGCUGCUUUCUCACCUGUCUGAACAGCUCUGUUUUUUUGUUCAGGCUCGGAUGGAAAUUGCUGACUUCUAUGAAAAAAUGUACACGCUCAGCACCCAAAAGUUCAUUAACUCUGAGGAACUGGUAAACAUUUUGGAAUCCAUCUUAAAGAAAUACAGUUCAAGAUUUCAUCAUCCAAUCCUCAGUCCUCUUGAAAGCAGUUUCCAGCUGGAGGUAGACGUGCUUGCACACCUCUUAAAGGCUCAGGCUCAGAUCUCAGAGUGGAAGUUUCUUCCAUCCCUGGUCAACUUGCACAGUGCUCACACAAAGCUACAAACUUGGGGCCAAAUUUUUGAGAAACAGCGGGAGACCAAGAAGCACCUGUUUGGAGGGCAGUCUCAGAAGGCUGUGCAACCUCCACACCUCUUCCUCUGGCUGAUGAAGCUCAAAAACAUUCUCCUUGCCAAGUUUAGCUUUUACUUUCAUGAGGCCCUUAGUCGACAGACAACAGCAUCUGAAAUGAAAACUUUGACUGCCAAAACAAAUCCUGAUUACUUUGGGAAAAUUUCCAGCUUCAUCCGGAAGUAUGAUGCUGUCAAUGUUUCCUUAAUUUUUGACAAUCGUGGAUCAGAGAGUUUUCAGGGACAUGGUUAUCAUCAUCCCCAUUCAUACAGGGAAGCCCCCAAAGGAGUGGAUCAGUAUCCUGCAGUGGUGUCUCUGCCCAGUGACAGGCCUGUUAUGCACUGGCCCAAUGUCAUCAUGAUUAUGACUGAUAGAACCUCUGACCUCAACAGUUUGGAGAAGGUUGUUCACUUCUACGAUGACAAAGUCCAAAGCACCUACUUUCUGACUCGCCCCGAACCUCACUUUACCAUUGUAGUUAUUUUUGAGUCCAAGAAGUCAGAAAGGGACUAUCAUUUUAUUUCCUUUCUCAAUGAAAUUUCACAUUCCCUUAAGAACUCCAAAGCUUUUGCAAGCUUGAAACCUGGAUCCAAAGGGUGAAGUGCAAACUGCUUAAAAGUUGUCAAGGCGCUAUGCUAGCCUUGAGGGAGCUGUAGCUUUCAGAGUUACAUAAAUUUGUGAUUCUCAGAGUCUAAUUGAAAAGGAACCAUUUUUUAAAUGUUAUAAGUUUGUUGGUUUUUUUUUUUUUAGCUAACAGACACUUGAAGAAAAGUAUUUUUGGGCAGUACUCAGUGGGGCAACUUAAUUGUGGGGUGGUAAAGGGCCACUGUGGGGUUUUUUUGGUGUGGUUUUCAAUUUCCAGUAUGAUUUAUUUUUUUAGUCCACAGUUUUGUUGCCUGUAUCAGAAAGGAAAAUAUGCACUUUAUCGUAGUCUGAUCACUGACUGUCUUCUACAGAGUUUAUUGAAAAUGUGGUGAGGAUGGAAGGUAUUGUCUUUUCAGAAAGCUGCAUUGCCUGACAGAAAUGAUUUCUGGGAACUAAACACUGAUGCAAGGGAAUAUUUAAAAAAAAGUGAACCUGCAAAGACACAUUUUAAAUAAAAGGACAAUAAUCAGAAAAGUCACUAUUGUUAAUUAUAAUUUCGUUUCCAAAUUGUUUAAAAUGAUAACUGAGGUCUCUGACACUCUGUUAAGCACUGGUAAUCUGUUCUGAAGGCCCUGUGCCAUAAAGCUUGGUCACUGCUCCAGGACUUGGGCUGGGGCAAGAAAAGCUGCAGCAUGGCCUGGAAGGCUGGUGUUCUCUGGAGUGCUGUGACAGUGUGGGUCUGAGUCUUGGCUCAGGCUAUCUGAAGCAGACAAGCUGCACUUGAGCAGGUGUUCUAGAAGGAGCAGCUCCAUGGGAAAAGCACCAAGGCUCUUUUCAGUUUGUGCUUUUUGUCUGGCUAACUUAAAAAAGGAAAAAAAAAGGUGGUAAAAAAUGCCCUUUCUAAAUGAUUUAUUGUCUAAUAUGCUGUUAGUAUCAACCUAGAUUUGUUUUCAGAUUUUAUAACUAUUUUUUCUCUCUGUUCAGUUUUAAAUAAUUGCAUAAUUAAGCCAAAACACUUUGGGGAUUUGGAUUUAAAUAUAUAGCCUAUGCAGUAUGUUUACCUCAUUCUUUCACCACUUCUAGGCUGCAGGGUUGGAUUAAGUAUGUUUUCUAGUUACCCUGAAAGUGCUUUAAUUUGGAAAUGAGGGUUUCCAAAUACAAUAAAGGGGUCAGUUUGGCUGUGCCUCUAGCCUUACAUUGCAGGAUUCUUCUGACUGUUAGCUAUGCAGUUGUGCACGCACUUUGACAGGGGUUCAGGAGAACUGAUGUAUAAAUAAGUGUAGUAAAGUUGGAUCAUUAGUUGACACUGUGUAAUGUAUAAUAGCAUCACCAGGAUGGUUUUAAAAGGGAGUUUAAGUCAAAAUGUUGGUUUCUGUUAAGAUUGAACUAUAGAAGAUACUUUUUCAAAUGUGUCUUUUAAUGAUUCCUUUUCUCUCCCACAGAAGGUUGUGCUAACUUGUCUUGCCUCUCUGCAAAUGCUAACAUUUUAUAAUCACAUAAGCACGUUCUGUUCUUGAAAUACAAGCUCUGACUUUCCACUCUGUGCCCAGUGGAACCUUCCAUGCUUUGCUCUAACUGUGUGUAGUCUGUUUUGAAUAUCUAUGGUACUGCCUUUUACCUGAAGUCUUGGUCUGUCUGCAGCACCACUUGAAAAAGCUCUACUCUUUGCCACUAGGAAAUAACAGGGUUGCAAAAAUACCAGCAGUUGGAGGGCACCUGUUUUUUGUAAGUGUUACCCUUUGCAGCUUGAAUUACAUUUUAACAGGACAAAGUUGCAAAUUACAAUACUCAAAGAGUUUGUGUGCUUCCCUCUGUGGAACCUUCCCUCUGUGGGACAGUGACCUUGUAAUAACUUGUAGUUUUGACUUCCUCAGCCUGAGUAACACAAAAGAAACUGUCACCAGAACUGAUUCCCAGUCUUCAGCAGUGUAAAUAAAGUGUUGUACAAAA